AUGGAUUAUGAAUGCUAUGUACACAAGACUCUCAAUGCAACUGAUCGCUUCGAGAAUGAUGUGACAGUCGGGUCUGCAAAGUGUGACAACAUUCCAAAAGGAUGGUAUCGUAUUGUUGGUCCAAGCGGCACUGAACUUGCAACAUCUUGUGCGUCUUUUAACAAAUGUGGUGCUAACACUACGUUGUGGAUGAAUGCCAGUCAUCCCUAUGAAAAUGAACGUAGAGUGUCACGCAGCAUCUGCUACAACCAGAAUGGGCAAUGCUGCAAUCGUUCUCACAACAUUCGUGUCCGAAAUUGUCGCUACUUCUAUGUCUACGAGCUUUCGUCUCCACUUGUUUGUGCUCGCUAUUGUACUUCAAAAUUUGAAUUAUUCUGGACAGAGACAUCGAAAGUAGUUAGUGAAAAUCAAGGAAAUUGUAAUUUGAUUUUGAACAGAAAAGGAAAGGCCAUCGGAAAACUAUUUACGCGUGUCAAAGGUCACACUCCAGGCCCAUAUACGGCUUUGCCCGACGCUGAUUUUCAGCAAACGUUUAUUAAAGGAGAAUUCAAACCUACAGAUACAACUCUAAUCAUACCGGCUCUCAUUGUAAUUGACGAUGAAGUAACAGAAUCAACAGAGACAUUUACUUUAGCGGUGUCAACUGAAGAUGGAGCAACGCCAACAAAUGGCUUGGCUACUAUAAGCAUAACAGACAACGAUAAAGUCUCCAUCAGUUUUAAACGUCCAAUCUACUCGGUGUAUGAAGAUGUUGGAUUCGUAGAUAUCAAUGUCUUAUGUGUUGGUCCAAAGGAAGUGCCAAUCAAAUACAGGUUGACAACAGUCGAUGGAACAGCUAUUGGUGCAAUAAACCAGUUCACCAAUUCUUACGGUGACUUUAUCCAUUUAUCUGGCGUCGAAAAGGAGUUCUCAAAAAAUGAAGUCGUACAGUCAUUUAGAAUAUUACUUAACAAUGACAGUAUACUUGAACAUGACGAGAAAUUUUUAGUGCGACUAGAAUCCUUGGUUCCUCAACACGCUAUCGUCGGGCCACAUCUUUCAGUCAUUAUCGAGAAUGAUGAUUCAGUUUUCGUCGAAUUUGUAAAGCCAUCUAUGAAUGUAAAUGAGGACGUUAGCCAAGGCGUCCUACAAGUAAUCAUGAAGGGAACAACAGAAAUAGAUGUCAAUCUAAGAAUCUCGUCAGUAAACCAAUCAGCAUACUCCACGUAUGACUAUAUAGGAAUGUCCAAUCAACUAGUGACGUUUACGCCGACAUAUACAUCUCCUAACUUCAUGAAUAUUUUUGUCAACAUUACGGACGAGGCUCUGAUCGAAAGGGAUGAACAAUUGAAAAUGGCGUUAACAACCAACCAGACAGCAGUUCAUCUGGGGAGAAAUUUGACCGACAUUCAUAUACUCAAUGAUGAUAAAGCCUUCAUUGGUUUUGAUUUAUCUUCUUUGGCCGUAUUUGAAAACGCUAGUACUGUAGCAGUGUGUAUGUAUAAAAAUGGAUUGGCAGCAGUAUCGCUUACCGUCACGUUAAACACCGUUAGCAGUACAGCAAAGGACCAUGUAGAUUACGAAAUAAUCUCGAACCUAAACAUCAUGUUUGCUGCUCCCCAAGUCCAAGCAUGCAUUAAUGUGGCAAUCAUAGAUAACAAUAUCACCGAGUACGACAAGAUCUUCCACAUCAUAAUGACAACACAGGAUCCUGCUGUGAUCGUACAAGAUAAUCGAAACAAUCUGACUAUCACUAUUCUCAACGAUGAUCGAGUCUCCAUCAGUUUUGAACGUUCAAUCUACUCGGUGUAUGAAGAUGUUGGAUUCGUAGAUAUCAACGUCUUAUGUGUUGGUCCAAAGGAAGUGCCAAUCAAAUACAGGUUGACCACCGUCAAUGGAACAGUUGCUAUUGGUGUAAUAAACCAGUUCACCAAUUCUUACGGUGACUUUAUCCAUUUAUCUGGCGUCGAAAAGGAGUUCUCAAAAAAUGAAGUCGUACAGUCAUUUCGAAUAUUAUUUAACAAUGACAGCGUACUUGAACAUGACGAGAAAUUUUUAGUGCGACUAGAAUCCUUGGUUCCUCAACACGCUUUCGUCGGGCCACACCUUUCAACUGCAGUCAUUAUCAAGAAUGAUGAUUCAGUUUUAGUGGAAUUUGUGAAGCAAUUUUAUAAAGUAACUGAGGAUGUUAGCACACACUUCCUUCAAGUAAUCAUGAUAGGAACAACAGAAAUAGAUGUCAACGUAAGAAUCUCGUCAGUGAACCAAUCAGCAUACUCCACGUAUGACUAUAUAGGAAUGUCCAAUCAACUAGUGACGUUUACACCGACAUAUACAUCCCCUACCUUCAUGAAUAUUUCUGUCAACAUUACGGAGGAGGUUCUGAUCGAAAGGGAUGAACAUUUCAAAAAGGCGUUAACAACCAACCAGAAAGCAGUUCGUCUGGGGAGAAAUUUGACCGACAUUCAUAUUCUGAAUAAUGAUAAAGCCUUCAUUGGUUUUAAUUUAUCUUCUUUGGCCGUAUUUGAAAACGCUAGUAACGUAACAGUGUGUAUGUAUAAAGAAGGGUUGGCAGCAGUACCGCUUACCGUCACGUUACACACCGUUAACAGUACAGCAAAGGCCCAUGUAGAUUACGAAAUAAUCUCGAACCUAACCAUCACGUUUGAUGCUCCCCAAGUCCAAGCAUGCAUUAAUGUGACCAUCAAAGAUAACAAUAUCACCGAGUACGACAAGAUCUUCCACAUCAUAAUGACAACACAGGAUCCUGCUGUGAUCGUACAAGAUAAUCGAAACAAUCUGACUAUCACUAUUCUCAACGAUGAUCRAGUGACCUUCGAAUUCGAAGAAGUCUAUAAAACAGUUGAAGAAUAUUCAGAAAGAAAGGUUGAUUUUGUUUGUGCCAUUACUGAAGGUGUUGCCGUAAUUCCUGUUCAUAUCAAUUUCACAGAAAAUCCAAAUAAGUUGAUAGUGAGCACUAACCCUGGAACCGACUUUGUCCUUGGAAAUCACACUCUAACGUUUUAUCCGGGAACUACACGUCUUAACGUGACCACUUACAUCAUACCCGACGGUGAGGUAGAGUCUGUGGAGAUAUUUUCAGUGAAGAUCGUAAGUCCUGAUGAAACUCGUGCCGUAGCUGGUAAGAAGGACCACGCAUUCGUGAAAAUUAAGGACAGCAGAGACUUUGCAAAAAGUGUAACCGAAAAGCAAGAGCAAAAAUCAAAAGGAAAAUACCAAAAAAUGGUAUUCCGGAUGUGCGUCGCCGCCAUUUGCUUGCUUCUCGUAAUCACUAUCUCAGGAGUCUUACUUUUCAUUUGCGUGAUAAAAUAAAAUAAAUAAAUAAUGAAGUAACGUGGAUGCAAUGAGUGAUCAUGAUUACACAGAGCUGGUUCACACAUAUCUAAAAGUACGAAUAAAUAAAACUUUCCAUGAUUGAGUUACUGCUUCUA